AUCUGACUACUCGGACAGUCGGACUUCAUUAUUAAAGCCAAAGCCAAAAUCAAAGCCUCAAAUCCCUAACUAAUCCCAACAUCUCUCUCUGCCUCUCUCUCUCUCUCUCUCUCUCUCCGGAGUCCAUCUAUGUGCUGGUAUUCAAUUUUCCAGAGCGACCGAAAUGAAGGCCGAAGAAGUACUAACAUCGCCACUGGUAAAGAACGGCGUUAACGGAGUUAAUAUUAGCGGUGGCGGUGGUGGUGGAUUUUCGGUAUUUGGGAAAAGUCGGUACAAGCUCUGGGCAUUAGCCGCUAUCCUGUUACUGGCGUUUUGGUCCAUGUUCACCGGCACCGUCACUCUCAAAUGGUCCGCCGGUAACCUCAAUCCCCUCUCCGACCGCUUCGAUUCCCCGAUCCAUAACGAUCUCGACGUCCUGGAGUUAGAGGAGAGAGAGAAACUGGUUAGGCAGAUGUGGGAUGUGUACACUCACAGCAAAACCACUCGGUUGCCUAGCUUUUGGCUAGAGGCUUUUGAGGCCGCUUAUGAAGAAUUAACCAGUGAUGUCCCCGACGCUAGGAAUGCCGCGGUUUCAGAAAUUGCUAGAAUGGCCUUGAGGUCUACCAGUUUCGAACCUCUUACUAUUCAAUCAAGGAGCACCAGAGAGGCAAGAAUUACUUCAAAGCAGGCUGAGAAAGGCAAGAAGAGGGUAUGAACAUUUGUGGACUUUCCAAAAAAGGAAAGAGUUCCAUAAAUCACUGGGACAUACAUUUCUCUUGUAUACUACUCCUUAAGGUUUCCAUUUUCCUGCCUCUAAGCAGAAGGCUAAUGGCAGGCUAAAAAAAACUGUCUUUGUAUGUUGUAAGACUGACAGAUAAAUACAAGUUGCUCUCAAUGUGGCACUAAUGUGUAACACAUUGACACGACUUGUUUGGUUCAAUUAUUGGUUCUUUUAUGCGACGACCCUCAAUUUGUUCUUUUUA